AGCAUCACUCCUCAACGCUUGUUGGCAUUUCUCGAAUCGGGCUUUGUUGCUACUGCGUCCAACUCAGGUCUCUCCUUUUUUUCUCUGACGGUCACUAAUGCAUCGAAGAAAAUCGUCCAAAGACACAAUCGAACAGGAAAACCAGGUCCUCAAUAAUGGUCAACCUGGCAGUGCAACUUUCCCGCAGAAACGCGAAAAACUAGCGUCAAUAGCGUUUCCUAAUGCUCCUGAUGAGAAGGAGAAUGUGAACGUCUCAUCGGAGCCCCAGUCCCAAAGCUCUCCAUUCAGGGUGCGAGUGAACUCUGUUCCCUCGGAACCUAAUGAGCAGCAGACAUCACACCGACCUCCACCACCUUCUGCUGGUCCUUAUCGCACCACAUUUGGAUCUCUUGCUUAUAGUCCGCCAAAUGGAUAUCACUUCCCGGCGUCACCCUUGCGUAAAUCAUUCACUCAAGGACAUGGAAGGACGUUAUCGUCCUCUGGUUCAUCGCUGUCCGUUUCAUCCCCGAUGCUUUCACCUGCACCCCAUGGAAGAGGUCAUCAUUCUUCUCGCUCAAUCAGCAUGAUAGGGUCUUCCUCUGCGAGUCUUAAUGCUUCACCGCCCGAAGGAGUCGGUUCGGCGCAGCUUCCUAACACGCCUGCAACACCCCCAAGUACCCGGAGGCAUCACCAUCAGCGCAUUCACUCCCGCAAUCUGUCCGUCUUUUUCCCUCGUCCGGGAUCCCUUCCUACCUCUUCUAUCACGGAGGACACUGAUGUCGCGCAGGAAGCUACCGUUACACUCAACGACUCACCGCAGUUCAAGAGUGUCCGAUUGCAGGAUCCGCCUGGUCCGCGACGCCUUGGGGAAGGUUUUACCUUUGGAGGAGGGCCAGGGCGAACACCCCCAUUUGCAUCAGAUACUACGGAGGCUGAAACGCCAUCAAGAGCGAAAAGGCGAGGUCACCACCACAAACACUCCUUGUCUCACAACUUUUUCUCUUUUCUCGAGCCGGGGUCUCAGAUGCAAACCUCAGUAUCUCCGGAAAAGCCUUGGACGCCCAUGUCUCCCGGUAUUGCUCCUUCAACAUCGACUUCUUCCCAGUAUGAAAACGGGACGGCCGUUGGUUUGACUAGCCCAAAUUUGGAUCCUUUAGCUAGUAGCCCACGGACUCUUCCAAAGGAUGCGAUUAUGGUAUCCGUAGUGCAAUUCGUGCUGGGUGCUGUGUUAUGGGUGUCGGGACAGCACAGCGGAUCACUGGCCUGCACAGGUCUUGGCUACUGGAUUGUUUUCGACGCUUUCGGAGUUGCUCUUCGCCACGUGUUGCCCGCAUACUUGUCGCUAGAGUCUAUGCAGUCGAAGACUCGUAGACCAUAUGGUAAUGCAAGGGUGGAGACACUCCUGCUCUUCGCACAGGCAGUCUAUUUGAUCUUUGCUUCCGUCUAUGUCUGUAAAGAGGCUAUCGAACAUCUUCUAUUGGCUGCUGGCGAUGGUCACCACCACCAUCCCGGAGAUGAGGAUAUGGCACUGGAUGGGAUGGGGUUUCCUAUUCUCUUGGUACUGAUUACAGUCGCCUCGCUCCUUAGCACCUGUUUACUCUACGAUAACCAUCGGAAACUAAUUAUCACGAGCGGUCAUAAGCUUCCUUCCUUCUCCAGCAUUCUUCACCGCUCAAGGAACUUUUCGUUCUCUGCAUCGAACCCUAUUUCGCCCACGUCACUGAUUCUUGCCAAUCCAUUUACUGUUGCCCCGCUACUGUUUUCGCUCGCCUUACUUCUCGGCGCACUGCUCUUACCGCCACCUCAGCAAGAGAGUUAUGACCUCCUGUUGGCUCUGUUUGAAGCCGUCCUGACGUUCAAGAUUGCAUAUCCGGCUGCAGAGGUUCUAGGGACAGUACUCUUACAAACUGCUCCGCCUCGUGGUUUCCCAGGUGCGCGCAUGGAGGCUUUCCUCAGAGUGAUGCGCGAGAUCGAAAGACACCCACUUGUCCUACACCUUCCUGCACCACAUAUCUGGCAACUCACUCCUUCUGUUACGAGCCUCCCUCCAUCCUCCUCGUUUUCAACUAAAUCACAGAUGCACGAUAUCUCCUCGCUCGACGCACUUGUCGUAACACUCGAGCUACAUGUGAGACGAGAUACAGACGAUGGCGAGUUGCUUACGCUGACGCGCUGGGCGCAUGAUCGGUGCCGUAUUGCACUUGGUUUGGGUGUUGGUGCGAAGGAUAGGGGGAAUGAUGGGGAGGAUGGGGCGGAAAUCACUAUUGGGAUUGUAAAAGGGUAAACCUAACCCUGGCACCUUUGCGCUGAUUGGUAUUGAGGGUAUGUGGUUAAGUAUAUGUAUAGUGUAAAUUAUUAGUUUGUACGUCUGCGGAUGAGUGCACAUACGCUCGGCUUCAAUUUUGGUGGAUUACAGUAUAAUCGCAGUUGUAUCUACAAUACUAGGACUCCCGCAUUGUGCAGUGGUCCGUGCGUUAUGCAAGUCCCGCAGACAGG